AUGAUAUUACAAAGGAAUAGACUAUAUUCGAAAGAACUGAUUUUACUGCUGUUGGUAGUCAAUAUUGAUAGCAUUUUCAAGUUUGUUAAUGCUGAUACACAAACAUAUAUAAAUUGUUUUGCUUCAUUGCCUUCAAGUUUUGUGUUGAACAAUGAAUAUCAAUAUCAAUCAUCAGCAUAUUGUAAUGCAGCUUGCAGUGCAUUGAAUUAUGCAUAUUUUGCAUUGUCUAACCAUUCCAAAUGUUACUGUGGUAAUGAUGAUCCAAGUUCGUCGUCUUCGACAUCAGACUCAUGUGAUGCUAGUUGUUAUGGUUAUUCUCAAGAAAUGUGUGGUGGUAGUGACAGCUUUUCUGUAUACCAACUUGGAGAUGGUGCUGUGUCUGGAAAAGGAUCGUCCAGUUCAUCAUCGUCUUCAUCCUCUGUUAACGUUUUCGCCAAUGGAGGUAGUUCAAGUAGUUCUAGUCCUGCUUCGUCUUCGAGCAGCAGGGCAGUAUCCACAUUGUCACCUACUUCAUCUUCAAGCAGUUCUUCUAAUGCAGUGCUCGGCGCACUCGCAGGUGGAGCAUCGUCUUCAAGUGUUUCCACAGAUUCCUCAUCAUCUGAAGCUCAGUCCUCAUCAACUAAUUCCGAUGAUAAUGUAUCUCCUAGUACUUAUGUAUCUGUUGGCACCUCAGUUAUUUAUUCUACACAAUAUGUUACACAAGGUGGUUCCACAAUCUUCAAGACAAAUACGAUCACGACCGUAGCUGCUUCUGCAACUGCUUCUUCAAGUUUAGGUGACAGUUCCUCGAAGAAUAUGUCUGGUUCUAAGAAAUCCAACACAGGUGCUAUUGUAGGUGGCGUCGUCGGUGGUGUUGGUGGAGCAAUCGCUAUAACAAUCAUCAUUUUGUUUAUUGUUAGACACUUCAAUAAGAAGAAAGAAGAGGAAAGAAUGGAAAAAGAAUAUCAAGAGGCAAUUAAACCGGUGGAGUACAAUGGUAGAUCAAACAGUGUUUUAUCUAAGAAUACAAAUGACCAUAUUGUAAUAGGCACCGGUCAAGGAUUCAAUAAGAGUAAUAGUGAUUACUAUUCCUCUUCCAUAUCAUCACAAAACAAUGAUAAUGACAAUGGCAGUAAUAAUGCUUACUUUAAUGAACAUAACGAUAUAGAUAAUGGCGCCAAUACCAACAAUGCUAUUGAGACACAGUCUGUUGAUCCAUUUGAUGAUUCUAGACGUAUAAGUUUAGGAUCUAUAUUUGAUGAAAAUCCUAAUGGAAAUAGUAAUGGUAAGAUUUUAACUAUUGUCAAUCCUGACGAAGAUGAUUAA